ACGCGCAAAAAAUUUGUCUCUCUAUAACUGCCUAAUUUCAAUCCUAUAUAUAUUUGUGUCUUCUCUUGUAUACCCUUUUUGUUUCAGAAACGUUUUAUUUGAAGGAAAAAAGAAAUUUGUGUUUCUUGAAUAAUGCAAAUCAAGAAAUCUUUCUCUAUGAAUUCCCGCACAGGAAGAGAUUUGCAGCGAUACAAUCGUGGUUGCCGUCAAGUUGUUGGAUGCAUUCCAUACAGAUGCAUAAAAAGGGACCCAUCAUCAUGUGUUCAGCAGGGUACCCCAAUUGAUGAUUUGGAAUUUUUAUUGAUCAGCUCACAGAAGAAUCCAAGAAUGAUGUUCCCUAAGGGUGGUUGGGAAAUUGAUGAAUCAUUGGAAGAGGCAGCUUCAAGAGAGACCUUUGAAGAAGCUGGAGUCGUUGGUGAGGUUCAGGUUCAGGAAUAUUUAGGGACCUGGAGUUUCAAAAGCAAAAGCCAAGGCACAUUUCAUGAGGGCCACAUGUUUCCUCUGCGUGUCACGGAGGAACUAGAUGAUUGGCCUGAGAAAAGUGUCCGUCGACGUUUAUGGGUGAAGUUUAGUGAAGCGAGGGAAGUAUGUUGGCAUCCGUGGAUGAAAGAAGCAUUGGAUGUCUUUGCUUCUAAGGUGUCAAAGAGAAAAGAAGGGACUCAGAUAUACCAUUUCAAGGAAAAUACUGUAGUAUGCUGUAGUUAACCCAUCAUUACUACUAGCUAGCAUUCUUCAAUUAUCAAGCGCCAAGGAUUAGAUGCCUUUCCCAAAGUCAAAAUUUCAUGCCCUUGUUGAAAUUUCAAACAGUGAGUUCUGAUUCAGAGCUGACUAACUAAAUGGCUUCAUCUUAAUGAGUAGUAGUUCAACGAUGAAGCUAGAAUUAAUGAUCACUACUCCAAAGCCAAGCCAAUUAGUACCCUCUAUGUCCAGCGAAGAAUCGAUAAUGAACACCAAAUCCAAGACAAGGUUCAAUGAACAUAAAAAGAACAAACAUUGUAUAAUUAGCAAAAGAACAAACAUUGUAUAAUUAGCAAUGAAACAAAGGGAAAAAAACAUGUUCGAUAUGAUGAACCAAGAGUGAGUUCUGUAGCUUGAAGUCCUUGGAUCGAAGCCUGGAAUCAAGAAUCUCCAAGGAACCUUUUGAACCUUAAUUUACAUGACAACUUGAAAUGCAGGGAAUGGGCAUUAUUCUGCAACCAAUCUUUGGUUGCAAGUAUUUAGCACAAGAGGAGAGGAGAAGAGAAGCCAAAGAAGUCUGUUUGAUAGAAUUAUUAAAUUGGAUAAUAACAAGCAGUUACUCUAGCUACCAAAGGAAGAGGUGAAAAGUUGAGAGAACUAGAGGACAUGGGUUCAUUUUGGUGUUGAGAGAAUUGUAGAAUAUAUGUACAAAUUUGUAAUUUAUUCAUUCUUUGGCAGCUUCUCUUCCUAUUUCAUUUGAUUAAAUGAAUUAGGGU